AUGGCGCGCCGUCCUGCUAGAUGCUACCGGUACUGCAAGAACAAGCCGUACCCCAAGUCGCGCUUCAACCGUGGUGUGCCCGACCCCAAGAUCCGCAUUUUCGAUCUCGGCCGCAAGCGUGCUACCGUCGACGAUUUCCCUCUCUGCAUCCACCUGGUCUCCAACGAGUAUGAGCAGCUGAGCUCCGAGGCCCUCGAGGCCGCCCGCAUCUGCGCCAACAAGUACCUCGUUAAGCUGGCCGGCAAGGAAGGUUUCCAUCUCCGUGUCCGUGCCCACCCUUACCACGUCGUCCGCAUCAACAAGAUGUUGUCCUGCGCCGGUGCCGAUAGACUGCAGACUGGAAUGCGUGGCGCUUGGGGCAAGCCCAAUGGUACCGUUGCUCGUGUCAACAUCGGCCAGAUCAUCAUGAGCGUCCGCACUCGUGACUCUAACCGCGCUAUCGCUCUGGAGGCUCUCCGUCGCUCGCAGUACAAGUUCCCCGGCCGGCAAAAGAUCAUCAUCUCCAAGAACUGGGGUUUCACGCCCCUCCGGCGCGAGGAGUACCUGGAGAAGAAGGCUGCUGGCCGGGUCAAGGUGGAUGGUGCUUACGUCCAGUUCCUUACCAACCAUGGCAGCUUGGAGACCAACAUGAAGCGGUUCCCGGAUGCUUUCACCGCUUAA